GGUGCGCAGGCGCACUGGGCGCCUGUGUCCGGGAUGGCGGCGGCGGCGGAGCCGGGAGUCGGGGCCGCGCCCCCCGCGGAGGAGCCGGGCUCGGGGUCGCUGUGCGCGGCCCCGCUGCGCCUGGCGCGGCUGCCCCUGGCCCGGGUGAAGGCGCUGGUCAAAGCCGACCCCGACGUGAGCCUGGCUAGCCAGGAGGCCGUGUUCGUCCUGGCCCGGGCCACGGAGUUGUUUGUUGAAACCAUAGCUAAAGAUGCUUAUGUGUAUGCUCAGCAAGGAAAAAGGAAAACUCUGCAAAGGAAAGACUUGGAUAAUGCCAUUGAAGCUAUUGAUGAAUUUGCUUUUCUGGAAGGUACUUUGGACUGAUCUCCCCAGGAAAGGAGUUACCUGAAGAAAGAGUCAGCGGAGUGGGGUGGCCCUUGGAAGACACAUGGCAUGAGAUUUUCAAAUUAAUCUAGGCAAAUUUUCGUGGAAGAUGUCUCUGUUCCUAGACUACUUUGGAAAUCUCAGCCAGAAUGUAUUGUAAAAAGCUUAAUUGUGAUAGUUCUUUAUUUAAAAUCCGUAUUUUUUCAUACAUUUUUGUAUGUAAUGACCUCCAGCUCACAUUUCAGAACCAGGCUCAGACUUUCACUGUGUAACACAGCAAUAGCUCAGAAUUGCCAUGCUGUCCUGGCAUCUCCUCUAGAACUCGGUGGUAAUAAAAAGCAUGGAGGUUGGGGUGAUCCUGCCGCUGAAGUCCGAGGGUAGUUUAUUUUUUUAUGGAAAUGUAUUUCUUGUAUAUGUUACUCUCUUGGCCAAAUAGAGUUCAGUGUUUCUUGA